CCAAGGCGACAUCAUGGCAGAAUACACAGACCCACGCGAUGAGGGAGCUGCUGAGGACAUGCCCGAGCUCUCUGACGGUGAUGAGGAUGAGGUUGAUGAUGAAGAGCAGUGGCAGUGGAUGGAGGAGGACAGUCAGCCAGUUACCUGUCUGUUCUGCGACAGGUCGCUGAGCUCUGUGGCUGCCACCCUGCAGCACUGCACGGCUGAGCACCAGAUCAGCCUCGUAGACGUGAUAAGAAAACACAAUUUAGACGACUACGGUUACAUAAAGAUGAUCAACUUCAUUCGGUCAACAAAAUGUGGUGCCUCCUGUCUGACGGGGCUGCCGGAUGCUCCUCUACCCUGGGAGAGUGAAGACUUCCUGCGACCGGUCCUGCAGGACGACCCCCUGCUGCAGACAGACCCUGAGGAGCUCUGUGAGGGGUUGAGCCCGUCAGCCUGCCCCUCAUCGGGGGCCGAGUCCCAUGAUGCUCUGCGGCAGAGGGCACAAGCCGCUGAGGAAAGAGCCCGAAGCUCAGAGGAGGCGCUUGCCAGAGCCAUGGAUGACCUGCACAAACUCAAGCUGCUGGCUCAAGGUUUGGUGCUGAACGCAGAAACCCGCAAAUCUGGUAACCUGGGUGCUGUGGCCGAGCUCCGAGAGGACGAGGACGAGGCCUACUUCAGCUCCUACGGCCAUUAUAGCAUCCAUGAGGAAAUGCUGAAGGAUAAGGUGCGCACAGAGAGUUACCGCGACUUCAUGUACCGCAACCCUGAGGUGUUCAAAGACAAGGUGGUGCUCGAUGUGGGCUGUGGGACCGGCAUACUGUCCAUGUUCGCUGUCAGAGCUGGGGCCAAGAAGGUCAUCGCAGUGGACCAAUCAGCAAUCAUCUAUCAGGCCAUGGACAUAGUCAGAUCCAACCAGCUGGAGGACAAGAUCACUCUGAUCAAAGGCCGCAUAGAGGACAUCACACUGCCUGUGGAGAAGGUGGACAUCAUCAUCUCAGAAUGGAUGGGUUACUUCUUGCUGUUUGAGUCCAUGUUGGACUCCGUCCUGUAUGCCAGAGACCUCUACCUGGCUGACGGUGGCUCACUCUAUCCAGACCUCUGUAACAUCAGCCUGGCAGCAGUUGGAGACACGCAAAAGCACCGGGACCACAUUGCAUUCUGGGACGACGUAUACGGCUUCAACAUGGCGUGCAUGAAGAAGGUUGUGGUACCUGAGGCAGCGGUGGAGGUGGUGAAUGCCGACACACUCAUCUCUGAACCUACAGUCAUACAGAUGAUCGACUGUAACAGAGUUUGUCUGUCAGAGCUGGAGUUUGCAUCCGAUUUCUGCCUGAAGAUAACAAACACCACAGAAUGCACGGCAAUUGUCGGCUACUUUGACAUUUUCUUUGACAAAGGCUGCAGCAACAAGGUGAUGUUCUCCACGGGUCCUCAGGUUACAAAGACGCAUUGGAAGCAGACUAUCUUCCUACUAGAGAGACCGUUCUCUGUUCAAACAGGGGAGGAGCUCAAGGGAAAGAUCACCGUGCGUAAAAACAAGAAGGACCCUCGCUCACUGUUCGUCACCUUUGACCUACGAGACAGGAAGCAGACUUACAGCCUGCAAUAACAUCAGCUAUCACAUGGUACAAAACCCAGAAAAUAUAGCCGACUUUUUAACUGACCAGUCAUGUAUUCACAUGUGGGAGCAGGAUAAAAAUUCAACACUUGAUUUUGAUCUUUCAAAUGUUAGGAUAGUUUUUGUGCCUUGUAAUAAAAAAAAGUAUGACAUUUUCACCUUA